AUGUGCACCGCAAAUGCGCCAUCUUGUAAAAGAUUGACGUAUUUUGUGUGUGUGUGCGCUCUCCACGUGCAUUUCAAAAUAUUUAGUUUCGUUUUUGUGUUUUUGUGUUUUUCUAGGUUUUUCGUUGUUUUCACAGGGAAUUCUCGGAAUUCUCUGUGUUAAUUAAUUAACUCAUCACUUAUUAUUAUUGAUACACUUCUUCGUGAAGUUGUAUCUGUAUUUUCAUUGUUUAUUUUGGUCAAAAACAUAAAGUUUGGCCUAAAAUCCGUGUUUUUGUUGUUUUGCCUUGCUAGUGGUUUAAAUCCACUGUCAUCUUUGACGUCAAACUCCUUGCAAUAUCAAGCAAAGGAGAACCGGGAGGUGCAACUUGGGGGCCGAACCAACCACAACCCCAAAUUCAUUCAACUUCGUGUAUUCGUCGAUUUUUUUGAUUUUUGAACACGUUCCUAGUGAUCCUUUCCUAGUUUCAGGACUGGAGUUAAGGAAUUGUUCGAUUGUCAAAAGGAUAUUGGAUAUUUUGGACUAGUGGAGAAUUCGACAUCGAAAAUGGCUACGGCAAGUGAAACUAUGCAACACAUUGGAUCAGUGAGCAGUGGAUUGGAGGAUUCAACGGGACAUGAGGAGGAUAUUGGUAUGAUGUUUGAUGAGAAAGCAGCGGACUGGAUUAUGAUUGCACAAGAAGCUCGAGAAGAUGCGAAGAAAUGGAAAUUGAGUGAAAGACAAGCGGAUGUCGUAUUGAAUCCGUUGAUGAAGAAAGUCGAACAACGAGUAGAGGAUUUGCGCGGGAUGGUCAAGGAAAAGUGGGCGCAAAUGCCAAAUCGGGAUGAAAUGAGAUGUUUGCGAUAUUUAAGAAGAGGAAAUAAGACCAAUGUGAAGAAAUUGGCACAAUUGAUGGAGAAAGGAACAGAAUUGGUUAUUUGGGAAAGAGAAAAUGGUGAGAAACUUGAAAACAUUGAGAAAAAUGUCAAGGAAGAAAGACAAAAGUUUAUUUUGCAGGUUGA